GUCUUAUCCCCCCAGAGACAAGAUUUCCUUCCCCCGGCGUGUCGUUUCUUGCUCGGUGUCGUCGUUGAACUGUUCUCUGCUUGAAUUUUACUCUCUCAUUUUCAUCCAACUGAUACCCCAGUCUUUGUGUUUCUGCUUUGUUCGUCACUCGGGAUUCUUACCCGUCACCGCCUGCCAUGUCUUCUAAGGUUGAGAUUGAUCUCUAUGAGGUCCUCGAAAUUUCCAGCUCCGCAAGCAAAGAAGAAAUCCGCAAGGCGUACCGCAAGGCCGCGCUUGCCAACCACCCGGACAAGGUUCCCGAAGCCGAGCGAGAAGCCGCAGAGGUCCGCUUCAAGGCCGUCCAGGAGGCCUACGAUAUCCUCUACGAUGAAGACAAGCGCCACCUCUACGACACCCAUGGCAUGAGUGCGUUUAACGGUUCUGGUGAGCCGGGGAUGGGACCAGGCGGUCCGGAUCUCGAUGACAUCCUUGCGCAGAUGUUCGGUGGGAUGGGCGGCAUGCCUGGCGGCAUGCCCGGCGGACCUCAGGCGCGCAAGCCCCGCCGGAGUGCGAAUGAGGAGCAGAAGUAUGAGGUCAGCUUGGAGGAUCUCUACAAGGGCAAGACGGUCAAGUUCUCGAGCACCAAGAACGUCAUCUGUUCUUUGUGUCGGGGCAAGGGUGGCAAGGAGCGCGCUACGGCCAAGAAGUGCGCCACUUGCGACGGACACGGUGUUAAGCAGAUCCUGAGACCCAUGGGCCAAUUCCUUUCUCCUACCAUGGUGACCUGCUCUACGUGUAAGGGACAGGGCGAGUUCUUCAGCGACAAGGACAAAUGCAAGAAGUGCAAGGGCCAGAAGACGACCGAAGCGAAGAAGUUGUUGGAGAUCUACAUCCCUCGCGGGGCGAGGGAGGGCGACAAGAUCAUCCUGGAAGGCGAGGCUGAUGAGGUGCCGGGUCAAGAACCCGGAGAUAUCAUCUUCCACUUGGUCGAGGAGGAGCACCCGGUGUUCAAGAGAGCCGGUCCCGAUUUGACAGCAGAGAUCGAUGUCACGUUGGCCGAGGCCCUGACCGGUUUCUCCCGCGUGGUGAUCAAGCAUCUCGAUGGUCGUGGAAUCGAACUCAAGCACCCCAAGGUUCCUGGACAAGUGCUUUCCCCCAACCAGGUCUUGAAGGUCCCUGGCGAAGGAAUGCCGAUCAAGCGCGGCGACGCUCGUGGUGAUCUGUACCUGAUCGUCAACAUCAAAUUCCCCGAUGAGACGUGGAAGCCUACGCCGGCGGUUCUGGAGCAGCUCAGAGAGAUGCUACCUAAGCCGGAUGCCCCCAUUCCCGUCGAAACGGUGGAUGAGGUCGAGUAUGAUCCCAAGGGAAACAUUGAGGACUUCGGAGCUCAUGACCCCGAGGGCGGAUCGGCCUGGGAGGACGACGACGAGGAGGGCGAGACUGCGCAAUGCACGACCCAGUAGUGGAGGCAUUUUUUCACGUUCUUUGUUUUCUAUUGUUAUUCUUGCGUUUUUGUUGGACCUCGAUACCUAUUUAGUUGGGUCCAUCUCAUGGUGAUAGACUUGCUGGUUAUGUUAGAUCCGGCUCCACUCUGGCAUCAUGGGCGUUACAGGAUUGACCUCCCAUGAACGGAUGAAUGAAAAAGAACAACUUGAUGAUUUCAACUAGACAAG